UUGUGAUACGAAAAGAGAAAAUUGUGCAGCUCACAGACUCUUCCCAUUUAAUACGCGCGCGGUACAUAAAACUUUCUUGGGGGGCAAUUAUACGUCUGAGAAACAGUCAGUUUCUCAGUUGGUGAUUGACACCCGAACAAUAAACGCUGCAGAGUGGAGCACCAAAGAGAAUCUCUUGGGAGAUUUGCUCAACGUUUUUUUUCUUUUUUUUUGGAUUCCCCAACACUCGCCGCUUGUUUUAACCAUUCAAUGUUCAAUUUAUCGCCGUGGCGAUCACAUCAUCUUGUGGAGCUCCAAAGCAGCCCUUAAAAAACGUAAAGGACUAUUUCACUUUAGCCGCACUUCCUCCUGGUGCGCAGUGUUUAAUUCUGUGACAUACUCAAAAAAAAGAAAAGAAAAAGAAGUUGCACUUGUGACUGUGGGAAACCCCUCCAGUGUGAGGGGAGAUAUUUGUGAAAAAUAAGGAAUUAUAUACCUCAGUGUGACCUGUGGAUACUAUCAGGCUUUUUUUUUUGUCUCAAAUAACACACACGCCUCACUGAUAAAUUGAACGGGCUGUCGUUAAGGCAAUUUAUUCGUUCGCAUUGUGCAGAAUACGCCAAAGGUGCAUUUGAUUAUGAUCAGAAAAUUUUGAGGAGAUUGCACUGUAUGGGAUAGAAGAGAAAAAUAUCACAAUUUUGUCACUAAUGUGAUAAAACUCUUCACCGGAGGAAGUACGAAGAAAAUCCAUUGAGAGAGUGAAAAGUCUGCGCCAUCGAGAAAACUAUGGCGACUCUGAGAGUGGAGGUGAGUGUUUGGAUUCUUGUGCUUAUUUGCACAGUGUCGGCAAGUGAUGGGGACAAGACACAGCAGAUUGUCAUAAAACCAGCUCAAGUGCACAGAACGCAACUUAAAGUGUCACGGAGUCUCAAUCCCGAUGACAUGGAGACCAUCAAUGUGAGAUCAAACAAUGGUGGUGUGGCAACGAUCAUCGUGAAGAAGCGCGAUGGCAAGAGCACAAACAUUCCGCCACAGAGUACAAAUGGUGAAACUGGAUUGAGUCGCGAAGAGGCUAGACGACGCUACUACACCACAGCCGGUCAUUCUACGAUCCUUCGAAAAGUAUCGGACACCCCACCACCCCUCGACACUGCUGAUCAGGCUCGAUGGGCAACAUCGCCGAGAUCUGAACUCCUGCUUAAAUCCGGCACCUACAGGUUCUCCCAGCCGACCACAGUCCAGGAGGAGGGAAAGCUAAACAUGAUCAAUUCCUUCAUCAAGCACGUCGGUACAAUGGAACCACCUUCAGUUGGACCCACAGAUGUGUCUAAGAACAAUGAUCGCGAUGCAGUGCACAUCUCCAUCCUCAGCACUAAGACACUGAGCAAAGCACGCAAAGUUCCCACACCAGUAUUCAUAAGCUCUGAGCCGGUUUAUGUGAAAGACUCACCCACUAAAGUUAAGCGUGGUCGAUCAAUGAUCGAGGUCGGUGACGAUGGAAUUUCUGUUGUGCAUGGGAUUAGGGUUCCAGAUGAUGAAGUGGACAAAGUGAAAACCUGGCGCAAUGCCCGUGUAAUCAAUGGUGAACUCCAUCCCUAUGAGAAUGGCUACAAGCCUCCCCGUGUUGAUGCUUUUGACUAUGGCCAGUUGGUUUACGCAAAACCCGAUGCUACUACCGAUGAAGAACGUCGUCGAAGUAUUGGGCCAUUUAUGACCUCAGACAACUACUACCACAGUGGGGAUGUCGAAAGCAACCCAAAGAGUAUUGGCCCAUUUACAGUCAAAGAUAAUCUCAAGAACGACAAAGCCUAUUUUCGUAGUAAGCUUCCAACUGAAAAAACUAACAGACAAAUCCCAUCCAGAGGCUUCGGACCCUUUACAGUUACUGACAACUCUAGGGUGGCAAAUUCCAAGCUCAUUGAGUACAUCAAGAGGAUUAAUGAACAUGAACAGAGAAGGGACUACUUUGCCGGGAAAGCUAUUAGAUUUCCAGGAGAUAGUAGUCAAGGGGACACGCAUUCCAUCCAGAGGCGUAUGCUAACAAGCCAGAGGAAUACCAUAUUCCCAGUUAGUCAGAUGUACAUGCCAAAAAAUCGAUCAAGUGAGAGCGAUAGAUCGCCAGUUUUGGAAUACGCACAUCCUGAAUUUGGUGUUCAAGCGGCAAAAUCCGUUCCAGUUCAAGAUAAACCCGUCAAGGUUAAUUACUACACCAAGGACAUCCAUAGCGAUAGGUCACCUUAUGCCAUAGAGCCAGCUAUGAAUACAGACUACUACUACAGUGACUACGACAAAAACGGAAAAUUUGGUCCUGAACCAUUUGGCGAAUACAACUCGUACCUCCAUAGUAAACCCGCCACCUACCCCUAUACCUACGGGUACCUGAGAAAAGUCAAAGAGCAACCAUUCUGGAUGAAGAUCACUGAACAAAUGAGAAAUACAUUCCAGAAUAGUUUUAGUACAGUGCAACAAAUGACUAAACCUGUAAUUGAUCCAUUGGUUGAGGCGGGUCAAAAAAUAUCGCAAAAUCUAGGUUUUGCACAUGGUAGUCCAGCUAAGCAAGAGGCUCAGGAUAAGGUGGGAAUUGUCGCUGCACCGGCGAGUAUUGGAGGAUCGGCUAUUCUACCGGCUCUGGGAUUAAUGGCGAGUGGAGCAGCAUUGAGUUUAGGUGCUCUGGCUAUGGGUAGGUUUCUGGAUGUGAACCUACUGAAGCGUUCAGAAGAUGGGACUCCUUUCUUGGAACACAAGGGUGAUCUUCGGAAUCUGGCUCUGACAAAUGGUGGCUAUUAUGUUCUUGUAGAAGAGCCACCUGCUCAGAAUGAAGAUCAAGCCGAAGUUGACAAGUUUCCCCACAGUGUUCAGAAGAGGUCAACGGGGUCAACGGAAGAAGAGUCUCUGGGGAAUCUACUGCAGAGUGUCGAGAGUGAACUGCCGUCACGGACGAGGAAUCGCUUCGAGGCACAAAUACGUGAGACAAACUGGAGUAAUCCCCAGUGUGCCAAGAAGGUGUUUUGUGAGGUGAUGACCAAGCAAAAGCCAGACGAUAUCAUAUUGAUGGAGAAGAAGAUGGAAACACUGCUGAAAAUGAUGCAUCCGAGUUUAGGAACAAACCUCUCGAGACACUUGUCAGAAGUGACUGAUGCCAUCCGUCGAAGGGACUGUAAAUCCUUUAUUUGCUAAAAAAAGAGAAGAUAAAAAGUGUAUGAUCGCCAAAGCGAUUGUGGAUAAAGCUUAAAAAAAAGUCAUAAGGAUCCAUUUAUCCCAGUGAACUUGCAAAAAACCGUGAAGAUUAAACGAGAUGUGUAAUUUUGUGGAAUUUAAAAUUACAGAAUCUUGUUCCGUAUUAAAAACAAAACUCCCAGUCGAAAACAGUUUUCCCCUUAAUUAAUCAUGAUCAUGAUCAUAUACAACGCCAGAUUUUAGCUGCAUUAUAAAUCCAUCCAUAUUUGCUAAACAAUUCGAGAGAGCUAUACAAGGUGGAAGACAUUAUGGGAAAGUGAGAAUUAGAAAUUUUUGCAAUCUGACGAAAAAAAAAGAAAAUUCAUUUUUAAAUGUAUGAGACGAAAUGCUAUUUGUAAUCCAAAGCCAUUUGAUAAUUUAUUGUAAUGAGGUGUAACUGAAAAGAGUUUAAAUUUAUUCUAAUAACUUUAAUCAAUUAGCAUAAUAUAUUGAAAAAAAAACUUUUGCCUUUGCAAAAUGUGACUUGGCGCUGGAAUUAGCUUCAGAAAAUAUCCUUAACUUGAAGGCCAAUACUUUUCUGUAAUUUAUUAUAUUUUUUUUUUUAGAAAUUUAUCACUCAUUGAAUGUUGAUUCUAAUGAUAUUAAAGUUAUUUACAUUUCUAUUGUAGUUCUUUUUGUAUAAUUCUAGGGAAUUUCGCUGAGAAUAGAAUUUAAGAUACGGGGACAUAAUUUUAUUUUCUUAAAAAACUAAAUGAGCAACAUUUUUAUUUUAGUCUAUCGUUAGCCUAAAUGUUAGAUAUAAUUACGGAAAAAAAGAGACCCUAUAGAGAAUUUUUGUUAUUAAUUCUAUUUUAUAUUAGCCCAGUGAAAGAGAAACCACUCUUCACUUUCACUGAAACUUUAGGAAAGAAAAAAGAAAUUCCAGAAGAGAACUUGAAUGUUAACUCUAAGAGGAAGACUAUUAUAUACAUAUAGUGGGAAAUGACCAAUGUGAAAAACAAAUAAAAUAUUUGACCAACAAA